AAAGUACAGGCAGUUGUUGGUGGUGAUUGGGUUAGCGAUAUAAAACUUUACAAUCAUGUAGCUGGCCUAUUCUAUUUUGGUAAGUUCGGUUGCGGUGCAACAAUCAUUUCGGAACGUAGAGUGGCAACAGAUACAAACCAAUAUGAUAUUACAAGGUACGUCAAACCAGAAGACAUCAUGAUCCAUCCCAACUAUACUAAAGGGGUAUUUCAUCACGAUAUCGCCGUGCUUGAAUUUGAAGAACCAUUGGAUUUUACAAAUCCAAAAAUUGGCAAAGCAGAACUUGUUCCCGAAAACUAUGUACCAUUGGAUGGUGAAGCAGUUAUCGUACUAGGAUUUACACAAUUUGAUGAAGAACAUAAGCAAAUCGCGUACAGUAAGCUACGAUAUGUUCCAGCAAGCGUUAAGGAUUUUGCAAAAUGUAAAGAGGAAACUGCGUCGCGCGUAUUGGAAAGUGGAAGACGUAACUUUAAUCAGGGUGACAGUGGUGGACCUCUCGUGACUCGAGAUGGUAGAUAUCUAGGAAUUGUUUCAAAUGCUUUGAACUCAAUAGUGGAGGUUUCAAUGAAUGUUGGGGCAUAUCACACAUUUUUAAACAAUCCAAGG